AGAGGGAAAAAAGCGAAGACCUGGCGGGUCGCGCCUUUCCUCUCCUGAAAGAGAGAGAAACGUCAUUUGGGGGGGGGGGAAGAGUUCCUUCCCUGGAGAAAUUCGGGAGGUCGACCAAGCGAGCUUAAGCGGGCGCGCGCGGGACUUUCCCCUGAGUCUGUCCCGCCAGCUGUGGGACAGUGGCAUAAAUCGUGCUUCCAGUUUGCCUGCAGCUGGCAGGCGAGAGCUCCUAGGUUGCUGAACCAGGUUAAGAUGGAGCAGGGAGCGGUCAGUAUCGGCGGCUGAAAGCAACCGAGCGCGCCGCCGUCGAUGGUUUGAGAUCCCCGGGACCACCACCCUUCGACGACGACUCCUCUGCCGUCCCACCCUGGACACUCCCGAGUCUUGGCCGGGCGACGUUUGCCAUGGGCUCGCCUUCCCUCCAAUACUUGGAGAAGACUUCUUGAGUCCUAGUUUCUCUUUCCACCGCAGGAAAAGGGAAGCGCGGGAGGGACCAGCGGCGCUGAACCCGGCUCUGCCGAGGGAAAAUGCGAGCCGGGUGGUUGCUGGCCGGUUUCUCCGUGCUCAGCCUCCUCGCUCAAGGCUACCUGGCUGGGGCGACGACGGCAGAAGAAGACCCCGAGGAACCCAACGGGACAGCCAGAUUGGAAGAAGACUCCGAGACACGACCUCUCCCUUCCCAGCCGCACCUCAUCUUCAUUCUGGCCGACGACCAGGGCUUCAGAGACGUUGGUUAUCACGGCUCAGAGAUCCGGACUCCUACCCUGGAUAAACUAGCCGCGGAAGGAGUUAAGUUAGAGAAUUACUAUGUCCAACCGAUGUGCACACCGUCCAGAAGUCAGUUCAUCACUGGGAGGUAUCAAAUCCAUACAGGUCUUCAGCAUUCUGUCAUACGGCCGACCCAGCCAAACUGCCUGCCUCUGGACAAUGUGACACUACCUCAGAAACUGAAAGAAGCAGGUUAUUCAACCCACAUGAUUGGCAAAUGGCACUUGGGCUUUUAUCGCAAAGAAUGUAUGCCAACUCAACGGGGGUUUGAUACCUUUUUCGGCUCUCUUUUGGGUAGUGGUGAUUAUUACACCCAUUACAAAUGUGACAGCCCUCGAAUGUGUGGCUAUGACUUGUAUGAAAAUGACAAUGCUGCUUGGGAUCAUGACAAUGGAAUGUAUUCUACACAGAUGUACACUCAAAGAGUGGAACAAAUCUUAGCCUCCCAUAAUCCCAGGGAACCUAUAUUCUUAUACCUUGCAUACCAAGCUGUUCACUCACCACUUCAGGCCCCGGGCAAGUACUAUGAACGUUAUAGAUCAAUUAAUAAUAUCAAUCGGCGCAGAUACGCUGCCAUGCUGGCAUGCUUGGAUGAAGCUAUCAACAAUGUGACCCAUGCAUUAAAGCGAUAUGGUUAUUAUAGCAACAGUGUUAUAAUUUACUCUUCGGACAAUGGAGGCCAGCCAACAGCUGGUGGAAAUAACUGGCCUCUUAGAGGAAGCAAGGGUACUUACUGGGAGGGAGGGAUUCGAGCAGUUGGCUUUGUUCAUAGCCCUUUACUUAAAAUCAAGGGAAGUGUAUGCAGAGAGCUUAUACAUAUAACCGACUGGUUUCCAACACUUAUUACCUUAGCGGAAGGACAAAUUGCUGAAGAUAUACAACUGGAUGGCUAUGAUGUAUGGGAGACCAUCAGUGAAGGCAGGCGGUCUCCCAGGAUAGAUAUUUUACACAAUAUUGAUCCCAUAUACACAAAAGCCAGAAAUGGUUCUUGGGCAGCUGGCUUUGGAAUAUGGAACACUGCCAUUCAGUCAGCCAUCCGUGUAAACCACUGGAAACUGCUAACGGGGAACCCAGGAUAUGGUGACUGGGUCCCUCCUCAGUCUUUUAGUAAUGUUGGCCCCAAUCGCUGGCACAAUGAACGGGUUUCAUGGACAGCCGGAAAAACUGUGUGGUUAUUCAAUAUCACGGCUGAUCCUUAUGAACGAGAGGACCUCUCUAGUAAGUAUCCAAGCAUAGUCAAGGAGCUGCUGCGGAGACUUUCCCAGUUCAAUAAGACAGCUGUGCCUGUUCGCUACCCACCCAAAGACCCCAGGAGCAACCCAAAUUUUAAUGGAGGAGUGUGGGGCCCAUGGUUUAAGGAGGAUAAAGCCAAUAAGAUGUUAAAUAAAAACAAACUGGGUAAAAAGCAAAAGAAAACCAAGAAGAAGAAAGGACAUUCCUUGAAUUGCCUUUUCAAUCAAUGAUUUCAGCUGGAGUUUUAUGCUGCGAUUCUAAUUAUACUUUCAUUUGUCAAAAGCAUUAUAGGCUGACUUCCCAAGUAAAGGUGUGUAGCCUCAGAAUGUCAUUGCUGAAGUGAAAGUGAAAUAUUCUUCAACACCUGUAAUUGAAAUAUCAACACCAAAAUGUCAUCUAUGCGCUCUUGAGGUUUUUAUAUGGGCUUGAAUUGGAACAGAAGAAUUCAUAUAUAAGAUGUGGUUAACAUCAAUGCCUAUGCAGAGAAUUAUAAAGUCUUACGAUAAGUGAAAUGUUUUGCACUCGUGACUAAAUCAACCCCAGUUUCUAGGACACUUGACUAUAUGAUUUUGAACUCGGACCCACUUGCACCUUUAAUUAGACAUGUAAAAUCCCCACUUGAUUAAAGAAAAUAGACCAAAACGAAAAAGACAAAAUGUUAAAAGAGUUUGAGUUUAUCUCCUAAUUUUGAUUGGAUGAAGCAGAUUCAGACAUUGCCACCAAAGUAACUUAAAUAAGUUGUGAAAAGGCUGCUUUAGAUUUUGCCUGGCUUUAAACUGGAAAGGAUUUUUUUUCCUUUCUAGAAUGUGCCAGGCUAUAAUUCCUUCCAAUAAAAAUAAAAUAUAAACAAAACUCUUUAUAAAUGGUUAUAAUUACAAAAAGAUUAAAUCAAAAUCCCGGAUUAGAUGAUGUGUACAUUAGUUACUGAACAUGUCAUGUUUUGAUUGAAAACUAUGGUUCAAGAUUUAAAUACAAGAUUCUACUUCCGUGAUGGCAAACCUAUGGCAUGUGAGCCAGAGGUGGCACGCAGCGCCCUCUCUGAUGGCACAUGAGCUGUUGCCCCAGUUCAGCUCUGCCGUGCAUGUACGCGCGCCUCCCAUCAGCCAUCUGGU